UUCAAGGAGGGAGAGAUGUGGCGCUUCGUUUGCGCGCGGCGGCGGCGGCCGCUGCUUCAGCUUCUGGCGGCGCCGGCGCUGCUGCUUCUGCUGCUUUGCCUGCGCGCUCCGGGCUGCCGGGCGCAAUUCGAGCGCUACAGCUUCCGCAGCUUCCCCCGCGACGAGCUGAUGCCCUUGGAGUCCGCCUACCGCUACGGCCUGGACCAGUACGGAGCCGAGAAGUGGCCCGAGAGCGUCAGCUACCUCGAGGUCAGCCUGAGGCUGCACCGCUUGCUGAGGGACAGCGAGGCCUUCUGCCACGUCAACUGCAGCUCGGCCCGAGCCCGGGACUAUGAGGGCGGCGGCGGCGGCGGCGGCGAGCCCGGGCGCUUCGACGGCUUCGCGGAGCUGCGCUUCUUCGGCGACCUGCUGCGCCGCGCGCAGUGUCUUAAGCGCUGCAAGCAGGGCCUGCCGGCCUUCCGCCAGUCGCAGCCCAGCCGGGAGGUGCUGGCCGAGUUCCAGCAGCGGGAGCCCUACAAGUUCCUGCAGUUCGCCUACUUCAAGGCAAACAACUUCCCAAAAGCCAUUGCAGCAGCACACACAUUUCUCCUGAAACAUCCUGAAGAUGAGAUGAUGAAAAGGAAUAUGGCAUACUACAAAAGCAUGCCUGAUGCUGAGGACCAUAUUAAAGAUUUGGAAAUGAAAUCAUAUGAGAAUCUCUUUAUCAGGGCAGUAAAGGCCUACAAUGGAGAAAAUUGGAGGACUUCCAUCACAGACAUGGAGCUGGCACUUCCUGAUUUCUACAAAGCCUAUGAUGAUUGCAUAGCUGCCUGUGAAGGCUCCCGGGAGAUCACGGAUUUUAAAGAGUUCUAUCUGUCCAUAGCAGAUCACUACGUUGAAGUUCUUGAGUGCAAACUGAAGUGCGAAAUUGAUCUCACGCCCGUCAUAGGAGGCUAUGUUGUGGAGAAAUUUGUAGCAACUAUGUAUCACUACUUGCAGUUUGCCUAUUAUAAAUUGAACGAUCUGAGAAAUGCCGCUUCGUGCGUUGUUAGCUACAUGCUCUUUGACCAGACGGACGGAGUGAUGAAACAGAAUCUAGUCUAUUAUCAAUACCAUAAAGACAAAUGGGGACUCACAGAUGAAGAUUUCAAACCUAGACCUGAAGCUGUUCGGUAUUACAACAUAACAACACUUCAAAGAGAAAUGUAUGAAUUUGCUAAAGAGCACGUGAUGGAUGAUGAUGAAGGUGAAGUAGUAGAAUACCUUGAUGAACUCUUGGAAGUGGAUGGCGGAACACAGUGACUCUUUAACAACUGAAAAGGCAAAUGAGAUUUAAGAAGUGAAUGCUCACCCUUGCUCCUUCACAUCUCCAUGUGUCACCUUUACUCAGGAGUUAAAAAUACCUCAGAUCUUUCCUAAGCUUGCUCUUCCGCCACUUGCAUCCUCCUGUGAGUCUUCCGUCAUGUUGUGCACUUGCAUUCCCUUCCUCUUUAACAU